ACUGUCGCUAUCGCCUUAACCUCAACACAAACACACUACUGAAUCGAAACUUAAAUACAAUACAAUGUUUGGACUUUUCUGGGGCGUUGAUAAGAGAUUUUCUGUAAAGUGAAAAGUGACUGUCAUUGUGUCAUUUCCUUAACUACUUCCUUAGUUCCUUAAAUAAAAUUUACCACUGCUCUAAAAGUUAUAAUUUUCUUGGACGGUUAGUUAAAAUUGUUUUUAUUUGUUGUCGUACAACUUUUCUACAAUGGUUCUUCUGAGAAAAAAGGUUCUCCAACACGUGACUCGAUUGGCUUACAGCACAAAACCUAACCUAAAUGAAGUACUCAUUAUUAGCGGUGCUAGGACCCCUAUGGGCUCUUUUGGAGGAUGUCUUUCUUCCAUGAGUGCAACCAAACUGGGUGCAAUUGCUAUUCAGGCUGCUAUAGAGCGAGCUGCAGUACCUAAGGACGCCAUACAGGAGGUGUACAUGGGCAACGUUUGUCAGGCCGGAGUGGGUCAAGCUCCCGCAAGACAAGCAGCCAUCUUUGCUGGUCUGCCCAAGACGACGGAGAGUUCUACGAUCAACAAGGUGUGUGCCUCGGGCAUGAAGGCAGUCCAGUUGGCUGCUCAGAACCUCAUGUGCGGCCACCAGGAGGUUAUGGUAGCUGGAGGAAUGGAGUCAAUGUCAAACGUUCCUUUCUACAUGCGGAGAGGUGAAACCAGCUAUGGUGGCGUUAGUUUGCUGGAUGGUAUUGUGUUUGACGGACUGACAGACGUUUACAACCGCAUCCACAUGGGCAACUGUACGGAGAACACUGCGAAAAAGAUGAACAUCUCUCGGCAGCAGCAGGACGAGUACGCCAUCGGAAGCUAUAAGAAGAGCGCGCUCGCAUACAACAACGGAGACAUUGCGCAGGAGUUGGUGCCUGUCCCUGUGCCACAGAAGAAAGGAAAACCAGACAUUGUUAUAAAUGAAGAUGAAGAAUACAAAAGAGUGAAUUUUGACAAGUUCACCAAACUUGCUACAGUUUUUCAGAAAGAGGGAGGCACAGUUACUGCAGGCAAUGCGUCAACACUGAACGAUGGAGCUGCAGCUUGUGUUCUAAUGACUCCAGACGCAGCUAACAGACUUAACUGUAAGCCAAUAGCAAGGAUCGUAGCCUUCCAAGACGCGGCUACUGAACCGAUAGACUUCCCACUUGCCCCUGCCUUCGCCAUACCUAAGCUGUUGGAGAAGGGUGGGGUUCGUAAAGAGGACAUUGCACUGUGGGAAAUCAACGAGGCUUUCAGUGCUGUCGUGUUGGCGAACAUCAAAUCCCUUGAUAUCGACCCAGCACGCGUCAACGUGCACGGUGGAGCUGUCAGUCUAGGACAUCCCAUCGGAAUGUCUGGGUGCCGCUUAAUCGUCCACCUUCUUCACGCACUCAAGCCUGGCCAGAAGGGAGUGGCGGCCAUUUGCAAUGGUGGAGGUGGCGCUUCGUCUAUCCUUAUUGAGAAACUGUAAGUCAAAUAUCUUUGACAACCUUGAAUCAACAAACUUUGAUUUUGGCUGAGUGAAAAAAGGUGAAGGUGACCAUUAUGGUUGUUCUUUUGAUGAACUGUUUUGAGUUUUGUAAAAAAAAUAUUUUCUAUAUCUGUCUAAGUCCUCUACAGUUAGUUGACCAUUAGAAUAAACGAAUGUGCCAUUUAAAUGUAAAUACCACUAUAUUUUUUAUUUAUUGAUAUUUUUGUGAUUUACUCAAACAUUUUUUACUUAUACAUCCGUAAAUUUAAAUAUUUUUUAACAUUGUUAUUAUUUCAUAAUUCACUUAUAAUUUUUAGCUGUGUUUACAAAAAUAUACCUGUAAUGUAGAUUUUCUAAUAUAAAAUGAUUGUUAUCCAUUUUCAAUUUUGAAAAUGUUUACAUAUUGUACUGUAGUUACUAAAAACUAAAAAGUGAUAUUUAAGACUGAGGACAGUGCAAGAAACACUAAUUUGAUGUGUAUCUAUCUAGACCUUAUAUUUUUCUUAGGUUUGUUGUUUUGUAUAACUUUAUGCAACAGGGUUUAAUAUAAGUAAGUAAAUCUCGUAAAUUAUUU